AUACCCCCACCCCCCCCAAGUCUGUCCAGAGCCCGAAAGCUGCUAAUGAAUCAGCAGUAGUGGGAGUAAGUUCUGUUGCCCAUCUUGACAGUCAUAUAUGCCCAUAAUUGACAGAUGGCGAGCAGAUCUGUAUGACGUUUUUGUUCGUACUCAUUAUGCAGUCGAAAAAGAAAAUCAAAGUUUAUGUAUCCGUAGCCAUCCAGUGCCUAGUUUUCUAAUUUAGCUGAUCUAGAAAUAGAAUGUGAUUCAUUAAAGCAUAAAUAUACUGCCUUUUUUUACCCAAAUUAAUAUUCCAGUAUUUUCAACCUCCUCUAAAUAGCAGUGAUGAUAAUUAGAAGUAAUUUUCACAUGAGUCCCUUGGGAAUGUAACAGUUCAACAUAUCACGUUGCAAUUUGGAAUAAUGCAGCUGUAUUUUAUGAUGUGCUGUUGUAUCAUGAGCACAGGCUGGUUGGUGGCUAGAGCUUGAGGUUGGGGCACAGUUAUGAAAUUUGUGUAUUAUCAAACCAGUAGUGUCACUGUGAGUGUAAGUACAGAACAGAAAACCAACUUGUUCAGCACCUUUUAUUAGAACCCUGUGGGGAGCUAGCUUCUAUCAUAAGCGUGUUUUGAGUCAGCAGGUGUUUUACAGUAGGAGGAAGUUGUUGUCUGUGGUGACUGGAGAUAAAGUAAAAAAAUAGAUAGAUAGAAUUUGCAUAUUUUUGUACAAUUUUAUAUCUUUAUUAGGACAUCAAUUUUAAAAUGUGUGUGUGUGUUUUUAAAAAAGUAUAUAAAAAACAUAUAUAAAAUUGUUACGCAGGUUGGUGAACCUUUUAUUUUUGGGGCUCAUAGGCUGGUGUCAGAUGUGUGUGGGACUGAGCUGCAAUGUGUCAGGGUGAGGCACAGCCUGGUUAUGUGUGAGCAGUAUGGCCUGAGUCAGAGAUCUACAGCACACUCAAUGACCAUGCAUGCAUGUGUUAAGGAGACAGCUGUUGUCAUCUUCACAAGCAUCAGUAGCAUCAGAUGUUCUUAACUGACUCUAAUUCAGCUGGUGUAUUGAAUCGGUCAGAUCGGACAGACAAUUAUAGAUACUCCAUAUGCGCAAAUGUUUGUGGACGACCCUUCAAAUUGAUGCAUUCAGCUACUAUAUUGCACCCAUUGUUUUCACACAUCUGCAAAAACACAUCUGUCCCUGUGGUGAAGUAGAACAAGAGUAGGACCCAAUACUGAGAUGUGAAGCAGUUCUAUCCAGUACUUGUGGGAGGAGCAGGGGUGAAAAUGCAGUCAGAAUCCUCACAGGAAUGCUCCACGAUUUUGUAGAAAACCUUCUCUGGACAGAAGAGAGUUUCUCCAACAAAAGUAGGAUAAACUCUUUAUUAAAAACCAAUGUUUUCAGAAGAAACUAAGAAAAAAAUGCGAUAUUCAGGCAGUGUUGCAGGUGCUAUAGACGUCAGUAGUUUUCUUUUUCUUUUUUUUUUUAAGAUGACAGCACUGCAUGUUGUUGUCAUGCUGCUCAGGAACACGGUUUUGCAGAGGUUAGGCAGGAAGCUUGAAGACUACAGACCAAAGGAAUUUUUCUGUUAUCUGGUGGGCUUCACUUUCACUGAAUGAUGGGAUCUUUUCGGCGGCCCAGGCCUCGCUUCAUGAGCUCACCAGUGCUUUCAGACCUGGCACGCUUCCAUGCCAGCUCUCCAACCCUGCAGCUCUCUAAUGCAAGUGUGUGGAACAGUGUCCAAACCGCUGUCAUCAAAGUGUUCCAAGGAGGAGGACUUCAGAGCAAUGAGCUGUACAGCCUGAAUGAAAGCAUUAGGUGGCUUCAAAGGACAGAGUUGGGUUCCUUCAUCACAGAGUACUUUCAGGAUCAGCUCCUGACCAAAGGACUGGCACAUAUACUGGAAAAGAUUCAGCAUCAUGAUGAUGAAAACUGCCUCCAAGCUUUGUCUGAGAUGUGGGUAGCAUUUUUCACUGAGAUCCUGCCAACGCUUCAAGCCAUAUUCUAUCCUGUACAGGGCCAAGAGCUGACGGUGAGGCAGAUGGCUUUGCUCGGUUUUAGGGACCUGGUCUUGAUGAAGCUUCCUUUGGAGAACAUGCUGCAAACAGCCCCUUACCCUCCUGCUAUAAUACAGAUGCUGCUCAUACUACAGGGUAUUCAUGAGCCUAGUGGGCCAAGAAAAGAGUACUACCAACUGGAGAGACUGGUGGAUAUGGUGAUUUCACCGUACCUCUACAUAAGCCACCAGGACUCGUCUUCGGAGUGUCAUUUGGAACAGUCCUCCUCAGUGCACUUUGGCCAGCCAGAGAUCACAGUCACACCUUUUGGUCCGGAGUCGUUGCUGGCGCCUCUCUUCGAGCACGAAGGUGAGGCCUAUUUGGAGAGGACCGGAGGCGUGCGGCGGCACACAGUUGCUAACAUUCACUCAGACAUCCAGCUUCUCUCCAUCACAAACAGAAUUCAAACAUCUGAUGAUGAUGAUGAUGAUGAUGAUGAUGAUGAUCAUGACAGUGGGAGCAUCCAAGGAAUAAAAUCAGGGAGAUGUGGGUCUCCUAGACCGUUUUCCAGUGAACCAGUAAUACUGGACUUGCGAUCAGCUGCAUCAUCAUCGUUAAGACGUCCGAAUCCUGCUCACCUGAGCUGUGAAUUGGCAAGCUGAAGUGUCUUAAUGGACCAGGGAGUACCCUGAAGAUGCCUACCAAGCGUGCUUUUGAUCCAGAGUGGUCUGCUUAUUACAUACACUGUGAUCUGCAGUAAAAUUGGGUAAGAAACGAGUCAUCUUACACAAAGCCUAACAAUGAUUUCAGGUAUUUUCACUAGCAAUGGAAUUGUAUAGGGCAUCAAAAGCAGUUGUAGUGUAAAAUAGGCCAAACUGACCACUGAAACACUUUCUGCAAAACUUCCUAUGGAAUUAUAUUUGGCAUAAGUUGUGUAGAAGUGGACCAUACAGGUGCUUCAAGUGUACAUUUUUGGACAAAUUUGCACAAUUAACUAAUUUAAUCAUAAAAGAGCAAACUAAAAGUGGGCAGUGGAACAUUUCACCCAAAUAAACUUCUCCUCUCAAGUUCCUGUAACAGUUUUCAAUGUGCAGUAGGUUUAACAUACAUUAAUAGUAAUUCUUUGGUACAGUUUAUCCAGGGAACUGCUUAAAGAGCUAAAUAGAACAUGGAAUUAGCACAGUCACCUUCUUUGUAGCUCUCUAAAAAGGCUGCGACUUUCCCUCUGUGGAAACGGCAAAGCUGUGUGGAAUUUCAGCCCUGCUGAGAUACAAGAGUUUACAUAGCUGCAGAAAGGCAGGGGUUCACAACUUGUACUUGGCUGGCCAGGGUGCAGGACAGUUUGCUGACAUUUUUCCUUUUGUUCCCCACUGUGACACAACUACUGAACUUUUUAUAUUUAUAGGAAUGGUUCAGAUAGUAAUACUAAAUCUACUAACCACCAGUAAAUGCAAAAAUACAACUGUUAGCAUUGGAAAACUGACAUUUGUCUUAAUUGUUGGAUCUUGGCCUGCUUUCACUGUUAGCAAUAUUAACUUGUUUGGAUAAGACGUUCAUGUAACUGACAAGUUAAUUCAAAUGCUUUUGAGCUGGAAAAUUGGCAAACUGGACUCUGAACUGUUACUGAAGUUGCGCACCAGUGCUACAGUGAGGUAUUAUUUCUGACUGAGCUUUCAGCUGUAUGGGAUUAUUGACUUAAGGUCACUGCCUUACACUUUUCUUGGUUUGAGACAUUUAUGCUCUUUCAUAGUUUAUAGUGUCUUGAGGGAAACUGUUAUUUUAUGUAAAGAAUAUGUUCUAUGUUUGACUAAUUAUGUUUAUUUUAUUUUGUGACAUUGUGUUCAGUAAUGUGUACAGUAGUGUCAAUUUACUGUAAAAUAAACAAAGACAAAAUAAAGCAUUUUCAUUUUGUA